AUGGUCACGCCAAUCAAAGUGUCCAAAACUGGCUCAGCCCGCUGCUCAAACUCUCCUCUGUUCGUCGGUAAGAUUCGCUCACCAAAGGUCAUUUCAGUCACGAGGGGAACUUGCCGAAAAUUGGGGCUCAAGGUCGUGGCGGCAUCAUCUCACGCGAACCAAAGCUCUGAAAUACCCGAUGUGUGCGGACCUAGGGUGGAUCGCGGGGCUUGCUGCUCGCUGGAAGGUGUCGUUGCUUCACGGCAAGGGAUGGCGAACGGAAAUUGCUGCUCCUUGAUGUCGCGUGCGGGGUUGACGAGAUGGGGCGACGGCUGUUGUUUGGUCCAGCCGGAGAUUGGCAGAGGGAGAAGGCCUCCGAUGACUCUAGCUGUCGUUAUUCAGAAUCUCCCACCAAUUGCUGCUAAGUGGACGACCGACGAAGGGCUGUGA